CUUGCGUCUGCAUUCCGAUUACCACGCGAUCGAUCUCCUGUGGCCCCUGUCACGUCUCGUUCUCUCGCUUGUUGCGCAAGAUUGACCGAAUGUCGGCGCAGGGGGGAUGACAUGCACUCGACGUGAAUAUGGGCUUAAUCUGCCUGCUGGGCCGUAGCGACGUUGCGUGAGUGGAUAGUGCCCGGGGAAUCUUUUAUUUACCGGCGGUCGAAGGCGGUGAACUCGUAGCCCCCCGAGGGGGACGGGCUAGGCCCGGGCAGAGGUCAGCGCCGAAUUGGUCGACGCACCGGGACUCGAACCGCGCACGCACGCAACCUCGGAUCGGGCUCGGGGGCUCGUCCAUGUGGAAAGCCUGGGAGUGAUUGCUUGGCGCCACAAUCGAGCCCGAGGCCAGAAUGUGCGUCGAUGUUUUCCUGUAUAUUCCGAGACGGCCUGCCUGAGGCGCUUCCGCCCGACGACGAGGUUCAGCUGUCAGAUUGUCAGAAGUUGGGAUAUAGUUCUUUAUGUUCGCUGCUCGCCCCUACUCUGCUGCAAUCUGCGUGCCUAGCAUCUCUCGGGCUCCGGUUGGAGAUUCAGUCCGUUGUGUCUCAGACGAUAGAGUUCUGCCGACUGUAUAUGCGUCAUCUGCAACUGCUCAUCGCAGGCCUUUUGGUGAGUGAGUUAUUGAGUGAGUGCGUGCUUGAGUGAUUGAUUGAUUGAUUGAUUGAUUGAUUGAUCCGGAAAGGCCGCAUCGGAGAAGGACUGGACUGAUCCUGUCGUCAGGAGGCUUGGCUAGCUCGUUGCUCGGCACGAGUGUCACGGGGUACGUUUCAGAAUCGGAUCGACUCGUCCUCUCUGUGACGUGAAGCUCCGUGGGGGCUCUGUGUCGACUCGAUUGCCGUUUCUCGUCUGGGAACACUCGUGCGAACUCAGCUCCUGCUCUUUCAUCUCAGUUUUCAGAGCAGAAGACGUAUUUGUAAUCUGUUAAAAUAUUCCAAGAUAUAGUUGCAAUGGCAGUGUUGGCUGUGGCACUUCCUCAUUCUGUGAAUGAUGCCUUGAGAGUACUAGGACAAAGUUGUUCAUCGGAAAAUUCUGGUUUCGGCGACUCUCAGAGACUAGCGGUUGUGAAGCGCUCACGUGGUGUUAAAGUUGGAAGAGUGAGUUUGGUCUUUGACUCGAAGUCUCAGUCAUGUAGCGCAAGAUUUCCAAGCUCCAGUGUUGCAAUUAGUAGGAGACCGGUCUUUGAGAAUAGGAAAAUCUUGAGAAGGCGCAGCUUGACAUCUAUAGGUCGUGACAUUCCAUCAACACGAGUCCCGACGAGGGAAUAUUUUAGAGGUGCGGCUAGGAAUAAAGAAGCAAGUACUGCAGAUGAAUCGAAGGCAGCGGAUUCUGGUCCUUCUUUGGAGGAAAUGCUGACGCCACCAACCAGCAUGGGUUUAUCGUCUGACACCCGAAUGUUUACUAUAACUGUUCAUGGAGUAAUCACAGACAAUGACAGUAGAAGGCUCGAGUCUCAACUGCAGGGUAUAGAUGGAAUCGUACAAUUCUGGGUGGGACCUCUCAAAGUCGGUGGACUUAGAGGAGGUUCAGUUUCAGUACAGAUAGAAAUCGAAAGCAGGGUUACAUUGAGACAGGUUGCGCAGGACAUUCAGGAUCUCGACAGCAGUCUGCUGGUCUUGCCUUUCAAGAGUAACACGUGGUUAUGGAGGGGCCAUAAGAUAAAUUACGCUGUUGCAGGCUGCGGCGAGCCGAUUAUCCUGGUGCAUGGUUUUGGUGGCAACGUUGGGCAUUUCGCCAGGCUUGUAUCAUACUUAGCAGAAGAGCAUAGGGUUUAUGCUGUGGAUCUUCUGGGCUUUGGCGCCUCAGAAAAACCUCUUGAGGCAAAUUAUGGGCCGGAAUUAUGGGGGGAGCAGAUUCAAGAUUUUGCAAAUGAAUUCGCCGAUGAGGGUGCUGUACUCGUGGGAAACUCUAUCGGUUCCCUCACUGUCCUGGCUGCCGCAGCCAUGAUGGGAGACGAAGCUGUCAGAGGAGUGGUCCUUCUUAACUGUGCCGGAGCCAUGAAUCGGAAAGGGCUGGCUCAAGACGGUGUUCUUUUACGCAUCAUAUCCCCCAUCUUCGUCGCUGUAGAGUAUCUUCUCCAAAAGCCAGACAUUGCCAAGUUUCUGUUCAACAGGUUUAGAAGCAAAGAGAAUGUGAAGAAGAUAUUGACGGAUCAGGCAUAUCGAAACACAGACGCCGUGACAGACCAACUGGUUGACAUUCUUCAUCAUCCAUCGACAGAACCUGGAGCUUUGGAAGUUUUCGUCAAAGUUUUUACUGGGGAACCAGGCCCGCGUCCUGAAGCAUUAAUGCCGAAGAUUAAAGCACCGUUGCUACUUUUGUGGGGCGACAAAGAUCGCUGGACUCCCGCUAACGGACCUGUUGCGAACUACUUCCGGAGGUUGGGAGACGAGAGGGGAAAUGUUUAUGUGGAAACUCUGCCCGAUGUCGGUCACUGCCCUCAUGACGAUCGACCUGAACUAGCAGCAGAGCGCAUGUUCUCCUUCAUCGGGUCGUUGGAGGCGCAAAAAAAUUGAGAUCAAACUACUCCAAGAGCUGGCCACCACCAUCCCUCUGAAAAACGUACAACUGUAUAAAUUGUUCAGCCACAGUAGAUUGAUUUCCAUGUAUAGGGACAUCUAAGUCCAGGAAGUCGUAACAGGAACCGCUAGCAUUCGAACCAUGUUAUCGAGUAUGCUUCUCUGGCUUCUCAUCCUAAACCUUUGGCCAAGAAGAAAUGUCAUUUGUAAAUCCUGACGCCAGACAGGAGUUUUCUGCAAGCAAGUCCUAAACAUUGUCCAAAUCUGUUUUGUCCUUCCUUGUUCUUCGUCCACUUCGCCUCCAAACAAACGAGAUUUUUUGCGUUUCUGUCUGCCAACACGGCAGGCAGAAUUGUCUCUUUGGAUUUUACUAAAGAAAAUGCCGCCAGCAACAUUUGGCUGCUGAAGGUUGGG